AAUAUAUCCAUCCAUUCAUCACCGCUCCUAUAAAACCUCCUUUGCUCUAUAUCCCAUACACAAAAACGCUCUUAAAAUCACAUAACUUCUCUGGAAUUUUAAUUUUCUGUUAUAAAAAAAAAGAUGGUGAAGAACGUUCUGGUGACAGGCGGCGCUGGCUACAUCGGUAGUCACACGGUGCUUCAACUUUUAAACGACGGCUACUCCGUCGUGGUUGUCGACAAUCUCGACAAUUCAUCCUCUGUUUCUCUCCAACGCGUCAAAAAACUCGCCGGCGAUAACGGGAACCGUCUCUCCUUCCACCAGGUUGAUUUAAGAGACAGGCCUGCGCUUGAGAAGAUUUUCUCAGAAACCAAGUUUGAUGCAGUGAUACAUUUUGCUGGACUGAAAGCAGUAGGUGAGAGUGUGGAGAAGCCUUUGCUGUAUUAUAAUAAUAACCUUGUUGGCACUGUCACUCUUUUGGAGGUUAUGUCUCAAUACGGCUGCAAAAAUCUUGUGUUUUCAUCAUCAGCUACUGUCUAUGGCUGGCCAAAAGAGGUUCCUUGUACUGAGGAGUCUCCUAUUUCUGCAACCAACCCAUAUGGCCGUACCAAGCUCUUUAUCGAAGAGAUUUGCCGGGAUGUGCAUCGUUCUGACCCUGAGUGGAAGAUCAUAUUGCUUAGAUACUUCAACCCUGUUGGUGCACAUCCGAGUGGUUACAUUGGUGAAGAUCCUCUUGGGGUUCCAAACAACCUUAUGCCUUAUGUCCAACAAGUUGCUGUUGGUCGGAGACCUCACCUCACUGUCUUUGGAACCGACUACAAUACAAAGGAUGGUACAGGGGUAAGAGAUUACAUUCAUGUGAUUGAUUUAGCAGAUGGACAUAUAGCCGCUCUGCGCAAGCUAGAUGAUCUCAAAAUCAAUUGUGAGGUGUACAAUCUUGGAACUGGCAAUGGAACAUCGGUUCUAGAAAUGGUAGCUGCUUUUGAGAAGGCAUCUGGAAAGAAAAUCCCGUUGGUGAUGGCCGGACGACGUCCUGGAGACGCUGAGAUUGUUUACGCCUCAACAGAGAAAGCAGAACGCGAGCUAAAUUGGAAGGCUAAGUAUGGGGUCGAAGACAUGUGUAGGGAUCUAUGGAACUGGGCCAGCAAUAAUCCUUACGGCUACGCCUCCUCCAACGGCUCCUCUUAAUUCACUUUUCUUUGUUUUCUUUUCUCUCUGCGUUAGUUAUUCAUUUUUAUAAAACACAUGAGAAAAUGCUGAUCAGAAUUCACAGUUUACAAGGGAUUGGAUUUACUACUAAUUAUCAUUAGCAGUUCUUGAUAUUUAAAUCAUCAUUUCUACUCCUUAAUGUAUAGUAUUACUCGUUUUGUUCUGUCUCGUAAAAUUGAUUAAUGUAAUCCUUCAGAUAUUUUCUGUUUACUAUGCAUUUCCAUUCCCUGUAACUCAAUCUCCUUACCAUUCAACAUAUUAAAGUUACAAAUCCUUCUGUAACUAUAUUUGCAAUUUUCUAACUUCACAAUUCAGAAAAGAAACCAAGAUGGGUUUUUACUACAGUUUACAUAUUGUCUGAAAAGAAGACACUUGUACAGUUUUCUUUGUUUGCCACAAAAGCCUGGUAUCAACAACGGACGGCUACGAUCGAGCCAUCAACAGUAGAAAUCGCGAUCCUGCAAUUACAUCUCGCCGCGAUUCGAUGUGUGAACAGACCCAAAACUCUAACCCGACCCGCCAUCUCCAGCCUCGACUCUAUCUCCACCGUCGACCCGCCCCGACUACCCUCCCUCACUAACCCGUCUCCAAACUCCUUGGCGGAGAUUCGAGAAGACGACGACACGAGAGGAAACGAAUCCACGGAGAAAUCAGCGGCCAUAUCCUUCGCCCGACCCGGUUCGAUCUCGCCAGCCGGUAUGAAAAUGAACCCGAUCCGGUUCCCGUAGUAGAAGAGCUGGAUCUUGUUGUUGUAGUGAGAGAAAGCCGCGCGGUUAGGGUUUCUAACGGAGGAGAGUUGAGAGUAAGUGAAGCUAACGGAGCUGUUGGCUACGGAGAAAGACGGGACUUUGACGUUCGUGACGGAGAUCUCGGGAUCUCUCGGUCUGAAGACGGUUAGGUAAACGGUGACGGCGGUUAUGAUGGCGAAGACGAUGAAGAUAGCGGCGACUGCGCAUGAAGCGAGGUUCGCCAUCUCUCAGAAGGAGAGAUGUUUGGUAGCAAUCUUUUAACUGUUCCCCGGUGGGUAUUAAGAGUCUUUAAACUUUAAAAAGCACAAGCUGCGUGUAUAGGCUUAGGUAUUCGGGUAUCCGUUCGGGUAAGUAUUGGUUCUUUCAAAUAUCAGUUUUUAGGGGUUUUGAAUUCAGGAUCAUUAUAAAUUUUUGAGUAAGGUUCCACUCGAGUCUUCCUAAGUUCGGGUGGGUUUAAUUCUAAAGUAUAAGAA